AUGCUGCAGACGGGAGGCAAUGGACAGCACCCAGUGCCGACGCUACAAAUCAUCACAUGCCGCAUGAUCCUUACUCUGACGCCGGGGAUUAUCUACCUGUAUCUCAAGUCCGUACCGGAUUUCAUUCUCGGGGACCGAGAAGUACGACGAUUGCUCUUCGUUCGGGCUGUUGCCGGUAUUAUAGGGGUCGGCGCAUUCUACGCGUCCAUGAUUUAUCUUCCGCUUGUUGAAGCGACGGUUAUUAGCUUCAUCUCCCCAUUACUCGCCACGAUUCUGACGAGCAAGCUUACUGGAUCCAAUCUGUCCAUGCGUCAAUUGUGCGCUUCUUGUGUUUGCUUUAUCGGCGUCCUCUGCAUCACUUUAUCCAAGCUUUUCGACUCUGCCGAUGGAUACUAUGAUGACCCUAACAAAGAAGCUCGCCGGAAUUCAAGCCUAGUGCUUGGUGUGCUGAUUGCACUCACUGGUGUCGUAGGAAGCUCAAUUACAAUCAUAUGUGUGCGCCGAAUCGGCUCAAGAGCGCACCCAUUGAUAACAAUGAACUACCUCGCAUACUCCAUGCUCUUUCUUUCAGUAAUUUUGUACGUGGUUCCCUCAGAAAGCAUAAGUUACUCUUGGGAUCUGGUGCCAGAACAGUGGAUAACACUUGCUGGUGUUGGCCUGUUCGCCUUUUUGAUGGAAAUACUGCAAACCACUGGGUUUGCCAUAGACUCGUCUCCUAGGGCAGUCAACAUGCUUUAUUUUCAAGCGGUUCUGGCAUUGUGUGCAGAUCUUGUGAUCUGGAAAACCAAAUUCUCGGUCUGGUCACUUGCUGGUGCUGGUUGCAUCAUUACUGGUUUGAUCUGCAUUGGGGAUGCAGCACCGCAAGACGUCAAAUCUAUAUCCUCCAUCUCAACAGCCUCAGAGACAGAACUUCAGAACAUAGAUGGACAAGUCAAUGACCAGGGCAGAACGAGUUGA